AGUAUGGCGUUGGGCGAAGUUAUAUUUCGUGUGCCGUUUCUGGUCCUUUUAGAGUGGUUCCUUUGCGUGGAUAUCACACAUUACAGUGACUGGACGCCUUAUGCAAGAUUAAUGCAGCUAUCGGGAAUCGUUUUAUGUUUGGUACUAUCCCUUCUUGGCCGAGAUGAACUCAUUAAUUUCUACAGCCACUCUCUUUUCAUCACUGUGGUGACAUUUAUGCUGUACCUGAAUGCAUACAACAGCUUAAAUCUGUACAAUGCCUUAGAGGAACAAGGUCUCUCAAAGUUGAUUACGGAAGAUGGUGCAAUAUUUCUGCUAUUAAUGAUAACUGGAGCUUGGAUGGUCUAUUUAAUAUCACUUGGAAUGUACUCACGGGUGUAUAACUCUUUGAAACCAGUUAUGUUUUCAAUGGCAGCAUUCCCUGUUAUGUUACGGCAUAUGUCAGCUUCAAAUCAAAAAGAUGAUCCACCCUUAUGGCUCUGCAUUUGCUUUGGUUUUGCGUUUUAUUUGGCUAUAACAGGCACCUAUCAGUGCAUUCAUGAUAUUGUCACGCAUUUUAUUACAUCAGCACAAAUUAUCCAGUGGAUGUACAGGAUGUAUGGGUUGACUGUCACUGUUGUGUUUCACUGGCGCAGAGUGAAAGUUCCGUUCUGUAUGAUGACUCUAUGGGGGAUAUUAUUUUUAUACAACAGUUUGAGUUUUUUGCUGUUCUCCAGUGAAUCAGUGACAGUUUUGCAGCUGUUUAAUUUAACAAUGGCCUUAACUUGCAACUCAGUUCUCUCAAUGACAUCAUGUUGUUUCAUAAUUUACAAGCUAUCUGGAUAUAUACUGAAUAUCAUCAAACGAUACCAUCAUGAGGAUAACAUUGCCCCCCCUGGUGACCCUUACAGCUCUCCUGAUGGUCUUAGAGAAGGUUUCGGAUUUUUCUUUCUUGGUCUUUACACUGGACUUUCAAGUUCAAAGAUAAGUAGAAAGCUUGUGCUUUUGGAAUUGAUUUUUUAUCUAAUUAUUUCAGCUUUAGCAAGAUCAAUGUUUGAAAUAACUGAACCUGUUCUCUUGGGGCUUGCAUCACAACCAAGCAUCAUCUACCGCAAACAUUUACGUGUUUUGUCAUUUUGCAUUUCACUCCUGGGAGCGUCUAUUUAUCUGGCAGUAAAUUUGUACUUUUUGAAAGAGAAAAUUCCUUUCAUUACUCCAAAUGUCAUUACCAUUGCUCAGAUAAUUGCUGCACUUGUAUUGUACUUCUUGUAUGUGUACGAGUCACGUCAAACUCAAAUAUGGGAAGAACUGGAUGACUAUGUGUACUUCAUCAAUGGCUCCUGUAAAGUUUUUGAAUUUGUGGUCAUCUCAGCCGUUCUUUUCUACAGAGUUUGUGACUUCAGUUUAGAGUGGACACUGUUUCAAAUUGUUAUGGCAGUGCUGCAUCUCUACUUUAAUAUCUGGACUCCUGCAAAGGAAGGUUGGCUAAGUUUAAAACAGCGUCAUCAGGUGAAUCAAAAACUGAACUCAUUGCCAUCAGCAACAGAGAAAGAAAUUGAUGAACUUGAAGAUGUUUGUUCAAUCUGUUUGGAGGAGUUGAAAGCUGCAAAAGUAACUCCUUGUAGACAUUAUUUUCACAGUUUAUGCCUUCGAAAAUGGUUAAAUGUCCAAGACAAAUGCCCCAUGUGCCAUACAGCUCUGCUAUCACUAUAAACAUAGAAACUUUCUCUCUGCAACUCUUUUAAGACAAGGCACAUUUUACAUCAAGUCUUUGUCACAUGCUAUACCCAGUAGUCACUGCAACUGAAGGCCUGGCAUAUCAGGUAAUUUGUCACUGCGACUUGUUCUAGAUGUAGUUUCAAUAUGCACAGAGGGACUUAAGUUGCAGAAACUGGCUGGUGUGGUUUGCUGUCAGUAUUUUGCAACCUUCAAGCUAUUGUAACAGGGUGAUUUAUGACUAACAUUCAAGAAAUGUGCAAAAUUAAUGAGUUACUACUUGAUUACAGAGAAAGGGACAAAAGUUAUUUGAUGCUGUUUUUAAUCUGUACCACAGCAUAACUAGGGAAUAAUUGUUUUUUUCUUUGCGUAAUUGGUGAGCUCAAAUGUGAACUUUGGGGGCUAGAAAUGAGGAGACUAUCAGGUAUUGAUUGAGUGGUGUGAUUAUUUAAACAAAGCUGAGUGACUGUCUUAGUUUAACAAAACUGUGUCCUAAACAAUGCUUUAUUCAGCUGAACCUUUUAUCUGAACAUUUGUUUUUAAUUAGUGAACAGUGUUAAGAGGGCCAAGACCUAACAGUGGAAGGACAUUUGUUUCAUUAAAUCAACCCUCUUAACCCUUUAACUCCCAGACGUGAUUAACAUUCAACUUCUCCCUAUAAUAUCUA